AUGGCGGGUGGAAAUGAGCGUGAGCUCGAGCGUACAGAACGCGCGGUAGAGCGCGCCAAGACUAGGCGGACGAGUGUGAUAAACCAGAUUAGGACUGUGCAUAAUUUUGCACUGCGGCUUGAGGCGGAGCCUGCGCUAGGUCCGACUGUGACAAAUUUAGCCGGUGAUUUAGAUGCGCUAUGGAUACAACUUAGGGCUGAGGAUGAUGCCGUGUUGGACGGCCUGUGUGAGCUCGAUAAACUUUCCGAGUAUGAUGAUGGGUUACUGGCCGAGGUGCGGACUUGUGUGAGUUAUUGCAAAGUCGCGGCGGAGAAGUUAGCCCCACGGGGAGCUGAAAUUAUCGAUUUGUCGUACCUUAAGGAUAAGUUAGGGUCUACCGGGCAAUCAGCGCCAAACCCCGUGCUCGCGUGCACAAAACCGACGACACGGUUACCUGAGAUUCCGCUCCCGGAGUUCAACGGGGAUUUCCGAUUGUGGCCAACGUUUCGCGAUAGAUUUACGGAACAGGUUGAUUCGCGUGAUAUUUCAAACAACGAUAAAAUGUAUUAUCUGUUAGGCUGUCUCAAGGGCGACGCGGCCGACGCGUUACGUGGUAUUCCCGUGUCCGCAGAUAAUUAUGUGCUCGCAUUGUCAGUGUUAUCCGAGCGGUUUUAUCGACCACGAUUAGUUGCUACGUCAUUAGUAGAUAAAUUGUUAAACUCUCCAGUUAUGUCGCAGGAAUCGUUAUCGGACCUUAAUAAUUUUAUAAGUACGUUUAACGAAAAUAUUUCGCUACUCGAAGCGCUCAAUGUACCGAAUAUGGGGUCCUUUAUUUUAUUCACGCUCGCGUUCAGACGUCUGCCUGUCGCUACGCGUAAGUUAUUUGAGUCGGGCAGCAAGGCGGAGUUCCCGUCAAUUGGCGAGUUAUUAAAAUUUGUUCGCACGCGUGUGUCUAUAUUGGAGCUUGUCACUGACCCGCAGAAGGUUGGUACCGCGGCUGCGCCAGCGUCCAAGGCGGGCAAGCCGUCAGGUACAACGCGCAAGACGGGAGACUACGGCGGGAAGUCGAACGGUCCCCGGCCGAUGUCGUUCGUAACGGCAAAGGGGGACGCGAGUUGUCCGUGUUGUGCCGAAUCACAUUCGCUAGGCGUUUGUACACGUUUUAAAUCUUGGUCGGCAAAAGGUCGUACCAAAUGGGCCCGUGAGAAUCGGGUGUGUUUUAAUUGUUUAAAUGUAGGUCAUUGGAUUCAGAAAUGUAGGUCGCGACCUAAUUGUAAAGAAUGUUCGCGUAAGCACCACACGCUUCUCCACUUGUCACCAGACGAGACGCAGGGCGGGGAGGAACCACCACCGGUCGAACCGGCGGUGUGUGCAUCUGUUGUGAAUCCCCCGUCCCUCCACCGGUCGUCCGCUGUUGUUUUAGGUACCGCGCUCGUGCACGUGCGAGAUAACACCGGCUCGGUGAAAACAAUGCGGGCGUUGGUAGACAGCGCAUCGCAGGUAAGCGCCGUUACCGCCGCGUGCGUAAAACGUUUGGGUCUAAAAAUGUUGCGGUGGACUGCACCGAUAAGCGGGUUGUCGGGGACAACAGUCGCUGAAGUUCAAGGUCAGGUUGAGUGCAUAGUGCAGCCGCGUUUCGCGUCUGAUCCGAUUCUGUCGGUGCAGGCAUGGGUGUUACCCUCCAUUACGACCGAUUUACCUCAAAAGUCAUUAUCAAUAGAUAUUAAGAAUCGAUAUUCUAAUCUCGCGCUCGCGGAUCCAUCCUUUCAUUUGACGUCGCCGAUCGACUUGUUGUUAGGAGGGGACGUGUAUGGUUCUAUCAUGGACGGGCGUAAGGUGUCGAUCGACAGUACAUUACCUACUGCUUUUAGUUCGGUGUUCGGCUGGAUCCUUAUCGGCCCGGUUCCCGAUCGCGCAAAUUGUUAUUAUCAGUCGUUGCCGGUGUCAAUGACCGCGUCGAUAGAGGGGAUAAUGGAGCGCUUUUGGCACGUCGAGGAGCCCGAGGACGCGCCCGUUACGUUUACCGAGGAGGGGUGCUGCGAACAGAUAUUCCGCGACGAAGCUACGCGUUUGACAUCAGGUCGCUUCGCGGUUCCGUUACCAUUUCGCGCGCCGGCAGAAACGUUCGUUGGGUCUCGCGAGGUAGCUACACGGCGUUUUGACGCUAUCGAGCGUAAACUAUCCGUGAGUCCCGUAUUAAAAUCAUUAUACGUUAAUUUUAUGUCUGAAUAUAUCGCAUUAGGACACAUGUCAGUGGCGACUUCCCCGGGGCGAUAUAUAAUCCCCCACCAUGCUGUUUGCCGUCCGGAAGUCGAUCCUAAUAAAAUUCGUGUAGUAUUCGACGCGUCCGCGCGGUGUUUUCGCGGACCGUCGUUAAAUGAGUGUUUGUGGCCAGGCCCAAAAUUACAACAAGAUAUUGUGGAUGUUCUAACUCGUUUUCGCGUUCACAAAUAUACGUUUACUACGGACAUCUGUAAGAUGUACCGUCAGAUUUUAGUUUUGCCGGAAUAUCGCAAAUUCCAACAUGUGUUGUGGCGCGCGUCGCCGCAUGACGAAUUACGUGAAUAUGAGUUGCACACCGUGACGUACGGUGUGAAUUGUGCCCCGUAUCUCGCCUUACGCGUUCUGCAGGCCAUCGCGUCGACCGAUUGUGACGGUUUAGAUUCUGUACGUAACGCGCUCGAGUACCAAACGUAUGUCGAUGACAUUUGUGACGGCGCUGACACGAUUUCCGACGUGCUGAAACUUCAGUCGGAUUUGGUCUCUGUUUUAAGUAAGUCAGGUUUAGAGCUAAAGAAAUGGGCCUCGAACACGCCGGCCGUGUUGCAAGCUGUUCCGGCCGCCGAUCGCGCGUGCGCGCCAAUGCCGUUUGGUGAUGACGACGGAUACGGCACUAAGGUGUUGGGUCUGGCGUGGCAUCCCGACCAAGAUUAUUUUUGUUGCGCGUUAAGUCUCGAACCGUCGCCUGUUUUUACGAAGCGCGGUAUUUUAUCGCUUGUUGCUCGCAUUUUUGACCCGUUAGGUCUUUUCGGUCCCGUGGUGUUUCUCGCGAAAUCGAUCAUGCAGCGGACGUGGCGACACGGUGUCGCAUGGGACGACCCGCUGCCGGACGAUAUUCACGCAGACUGGGCCGCAUUUGUCUUCGAGUUACCGUCGUUAUUAGGUGUCCGUGUACCGCGACAUAUUAACGGCCGUCGAGGCGCUCCCUGUUAUUUGUUAGGAUUUUGCGAUGCGUCACAGGUCGGGUACGCGGCUGUCGUGUACGUGCGGAUGAUAAAUGUCGAAGUGGCUAAGUCUGUGUUUUUAAUUGGUACUAAGACCAAGCUAGCUCCGACGAAAGCGUUAACGGUCCCGAGACUAGAGUUGAAUGCUGCAGUAUUGUUAGCCCGUUGGUUAGGUCGCAUUCAAAAAAUAUUAUCGCCGCAACUCGAUGUUGUCGGUUUACCGUCUUGGUCGGAUUCCACGAUCGUGCUGUCGUGGUUGACAGCCCCCCACGAAUCAUUCAAAGUUUAUGUGUCCAAUCGAGUACACCAAAUUCGCUCUUUAUUGCCUGAUUGUUAUUGGCAACACAUCGUGUCGGCCGAUAAUCCCGCCGACUGCGCGUCGCGAGGCGUCGUGCCGGCAGCUUUAGCGCGACUUGAUUUGUAUUGGCGUGGUCCACAGAUAGCGUACGGCGAGCCAUCGGAAUGGGACGAUUCCCGCCCGUCGCUACCUCUGUGUGACCUGCCUGAAUUGCGCGGAGUGUCGUGUGCCGCGCGCGUUGACAACGAAGAGAGGGAGUGGUUAGAUGCGAAACCAUCGUAUCCCUUUAUGGCUGAUUUACCGGGUCCGCGUGUAAAGCCGCGUCGACCGUUCGAGCAGGUAGGGGUCGAUUAUGCGGGCCCUUUACAAUUGAAAGAGCUGCGGCUGCGCAAAUCGCGUAUGUUUAAAAUUUACAUUGCCGUUUUCGUGUGCUUUACGACUAAAGCCGUCCACCUCGAAGUGGUAACGGAAUUGUCCACUGACGCGUUUUUGGCCGCGUUCGACCGAUUCGUCGCGCGCCGCGGGUUACCCGCCGACGUGUAUUCCGACUGCGGCACUAAUUUUGUCGGCGCUGACAAGCAGUUGCGCGCAUUAAUACAAAGUCCCGAGGGCCAGACCGCCGUUGCAAAUUUUCGCGCGAUGUGUACGUGGCACUUUAACCCCCCGAGCGCACCUCACUUUGGGGGUUUGUGGGAGGCGGCCGUUCGGUCUACGAAGAGGUUGUUAGUCCGGGUGAUAGGAACCCAUGUGUUUACGUACGAGGAGUUUACCACAGUGUUAACCCGCAUAGAAGCGGUGUUAAAUUCGCGCCCGCUGACGCCCGCCUCGACCGAUCCACAUGAUUUGGAGUGUUUGACUCCCGGGCAUUUUUUAAUUGGGCAACCGCUACUCGCCGUCCCGCCGAGAUCGGGCCCCGAGCCCACCCGUAACCUUUCUGACCGAUGGAAGUUAAUGGAUCAAUGUCACCGUGCGUUUUGGCGUCGUUGGUCAGCCGAGUACCUAACCACUCUGCAAAGCAGACCAAAGUGGACCGAGGGGGUUCCCAACCUUAGUCUCAACGAUAUGGUCGUCGUGAUCGACAGCCAGAGUCCACCGUUGUUAUGGCGCCUCGGCCGCGUGACCGAGUUGUUGCCAGGUUCCGACGGUCACGUCCGUGUAGCUCGAGUUCUCACGCGCGCGGGUGUAAUGACGCGCCCUGUGGUCAAGUUGGUAAAGUUACCGACCAAUGUUCUAUCUUAG